AUAUUUUUCCCUGGGUUAAUGUCUCCAUAAUCUCAUUUUGGAGCUUGUGGGUACCACUGUUUUUGAUAAAAAUAGAAUCUUUACUUCUGUUUUUAUCUGGAUUGUGGGUUCUCACUGUCCAUUCCAUUGCAAAUUCAAGCAUAUAUGUUUCCAGCUUCAUAUCUAGCUAGCUAUAGCUGCUAGGAAUAUAAAUAAAAACCCUAGCUUUCUUUCUCCGAUCCUGUGUGAAAGAAAGAGAGAGAGAGCAGAAGGGAACCUUUCUGAGAAGCUUUAAUAAUUUCCAACAAUUGCAUAAGAAGAAGAUGGUGAGAGGAAAGAUUGAGAUGAAACGGAUAGAGAAUGCAACAAGCCGUCAAGUAACGUUUUCAAAGAGGAGGAGUGGGCUUCUAAAGAAAGCACAUGAGCUUUCUGUUCUUUGUGAUGCACAAAUUGCUCUUAUAAUCUUUUCACAAAGUGGGAGGCUCUUUGAAUACUCAAGUACUUCAGACAUGGAUCAACUUUUGGAACGCUACCGUCAAUAUGUAGCAGAUGAUGGUCGUAUCAAUAAUAUUGGAGAAUUCCAGCAAUUGGAAUUUGAUCCCCCAAGCUUGGCUAAGAAGAUUGAACUUCUUGAGCUUUCUCAAAGGAAGCUAAUGGGACAGGGCCUGAGCUCUUGUUCAUUUGAUGAACUCGUUGGAAUUGAGAAUCAGCUUGUGUCAAGCUUGCAAAACAUUAGGCUCAAAAAGGCUCAGCUUUAUAGAGAGCAUAUUGAACAACUACAAAAUAAGGAGAAGGAUUUGCUCCUGGAGAAUGCCAAAUUAACUGAAAUGUGUGUGCAAAGAAAAAAAUCAGAAGAGCAAUGGGGCAAACAGAGAGGCGCAACAUUAUCCCCUAGUCCAAGUAACCAAAGUUCUGUUCUUGUGGAGACUGAAUUGUUCAUUGGACUUCCUGAAUGGCGCUAGGCGCUAACUACAUUACCCUAAACUGUUUAGCGGCGCCCAAUCUAGUCGUGGGUGACUAACUGCCGCCAAGCCGUUUUGUGGCGGUUCAAACCGCUACGAAAUUCUCUCAGAACCGCUGCAAUCUGCCGGUUUUCAUGUAGUGCUAGUGCAACAUAUUAUAUUAAUUCACUAGUAUUGUACUAUCAUUUUGGAAGAAAAGAAGAUCAUCCUCAAUAAUGUGUCAUAUAUCAUGCUUUCAUUUCCUAGUGAUGAAGAAAAAAUGUAGUAUAUAUAUAUAUAUAUGCCGCGUUUAUUAUUUGCUAAAAUUUUUCAUUGUUGUUACCUAGGUCUGUUUUGAUUCCCUCCCUAUUCUUGUUGUAAGUUUUAAGUAACCAAGGACAGACAUAAUAAAAACAAGGUGUGUUGUAUCGUAUUAU